AUGACUGCAAUAACUUCUGCAAGAGGAAAUACAGAAGUGGUCAAUGUCAGAAGAACGGAAGCACAUGAUGUUUCUGGUAUUAUCAGUCUCAUCAGCUAUUUUACUGAAAAAACUUUUGGAAGGAUUAAUGUCAUCUAUCUUUUAGAAAAAGCUAACCUUGCUGUGACACUCAGCAAGAAGAAUGAGGUUAUUGCCCAUGCUGCAUUUCUGGACUAUCCAAAUUGGAAUAUUGUUGAUCAAGCUGAUUGGGAAUCAUUCUUACAUGAAAACUACAGUGAUAAAAAGUGCACACCUCUGAAUACACUGUUUAUGCAUCUUUUUGUGGCAAAUGAUGAAUAUGCGGUUGGAUGUGCCCAAGAAAUCAUUAGGACAGUUUUUAAUGCAGUACCAGAAGUGCACUUUAUUCUUCUUUUCGUACCAAGUCAUGUGGAUUUAGGUAAGAGCUUAGGAACUUUUUUUGAGCGGAUGAUGAGUGUUCCAGGUUCGACAAUUGAUGUGGACUUUACUUUGUUUGUGUGCCACAGGCACCAACAUUGUCCCCAGCUGUACAUUCGCAAAGCAAGGGUGGAAGACCAUGAUGAUCUCAUGCCUAUCUUCAUGCACCAGAAUGAAAUUCUGAGAGAAACCUAUGGAGAAUACUUCCUUGCAGAACUCAUAGACGCUCAAGAUGAAAAAAACCAUGCUGUUGUUUGUGAGGAUGAUGGCACUGCAGUAGGUUUCAUGAGUGUGUGCUCUGAAGUGAAUAUACAAUUGCUUCAUGACUGUUUUGACCUGGGGCCUUUCCAUGGUCUCUGCAAACCACAUCCUGAUGAUAUUCUCAAACUACCACAGGAGCCAAGUAUUGAAACAGAUCCAUAUGCAGAUGCUGCAGUGCUUCAAAGGAGCUGCAGCAGUUGUGUAAAAGGAUCCUGGAAUAUGUCUGAUCUGAGCCCCCAAAGGCAAGCACCAGCUGCAAUGGAGGAGACAGAUGAAGAAAAAAGCAGCCAAACAAGUCAAGAAGCCGAAUCUGUUUCAUCUCAAAACUCUGAAUGUAUUAGUGCCCAUGAUAUGGAUAUUCAGAUGGACACUAAAACUGAAGAUGUCCUUCCCCAAACCUUGGAUAUUGCCACCUCACAUUCUACAACAGAAAGUGUUCAGAAUAAUGUUUCAGAGAAGGAGGGUGUAAACAUUGUUUCCAAUGCUGAAUUGCCAAUAGAUGAUGUCAUAGGCACAGAUUUGAAAGCCGCUGGGACACCUACCUUAGAGACUGAUGAGAGAGAUUCCUUUCAUCCUGUGUACAGAGGAGCUGUAACUGCUUUCUGUAUUCAGCUAUUCUGUAUUGAUGAGAAACAUGAAACAAGGUCACUGGAUUUCUUGCAAUAUGUUUUCAACCUCUUUCCAGACAAAGACUUUUGCAUCAUCACUGUGCCACAUCUUGUGCCAGAAUUCCUUCUGAUCCAGAAUUUUGUUCGAGUUAAUCCUUCCAGCAACUCCACUCUUGAUCAUGAGCUCUAUGUGUUUCACCGUGCAGGACUGCUCAAGUCAUUUAAGGUAAGAGCAGCAAUAACUAGUGAUACACCUGCUGUUGAAAUGCUCAUCAAAACUCUUGACUUGAAUGAAAGUAUACUGGAUGACUUAAAGGUCUUCACUCAGGCUCGCAGAGAUCCAGAUGGGACACCAGUCCAGGCAUUUGUAGCAGAAGUUUUGGAUCAGAUCGUUGGCAUUUCUGUUAUUAAAAAUGAAAUGGAUAUGGAAUAUAUCCGUUCACAUUACAACCUUGAAGAUUUUAUUUACUUCAAUCAUCACCAGCAGGAGGAACAUGGCCAUCUGUACCACUUUGCUCUAAAUCCCAUAUUCCAUCACUAUACCAAAUAUUUUCUGAAAGAGAUCCUUCGCUUAGCCUACAAGUCUUGCCUCUACUACCCUAUUUAUCCACAGUCUGUGGACGGCGAGUUUCAGAAUCCCUAUGCCCAUUCCCUGACAUCUGCCCUUCAUUACAUGGUUCCCGUGCGACCAAGACGACAGAUUGUCUAUCCUCUGGAAAAGCUUGGCAUAAACGCUCCAUCAAAGCAGGUCUCCAAGGAUCAGUUAAGCUAUGCUUUGAACCACAUAAAUCGAAAGCUGAUGCUAGAGCCCAAAGUGUCUGUCAAUGCUAGAAUUGUGGUGGCUGGUGCAUCAAAUGUUGGAAUCUCCUUUCUAGAAACACUGAUUUUUUGUCCGCACCUGAAGUUUAACAAUCUGACCCUGAUUUCAACUCAUGGGCUUCCAGGAAAAAAUCCACCAGACUCUAAGAACAGAGGAUUUUUAAUUCACAGCCACUGUUUUAAUGAUAAAGAUUAUGCAUUGAUGUCACUUUGUUCCUGGGUUAAUGUUGUGGUUGGUAAAAUGACUGGCAUAGACCGAGCUGCCAAACAUGUAGUGGUUUCCAAAGGAAAAAAAGUGCCAUACGACCACCUUGUUCUCUGUACUGGGCAGCAAUACCAGGUUCCAUGUCCCACUGGAGCAGAGAUCAGUAAACUUCAGACUAACAGGGAAGUCAUACACAGCUGUAAACAAAGCUAUACUGGUGAAGUUCCUACCAAUCUCUUUAAUCUCUCUGAUGAUCAAGACUGCUUAAAGGCAGGGCACUGGUUAAAAGAAAACUUUAUCAAUUCACACGGGAAUGUCAUUGUCUAUGGGAAUACCAUUGACAUUUACUCCACAGCACAAACCCUCCUAUCUCUUGGAAUUCAUGGUUCUCGCAUACACCUUGUGCAGCCACCACUUAGCUCAAAUGUAACUUGCCUUAACAACAACGCAAUCGAAAAAGCUGUUAAAGAGGCAUUGUCAGAGAAUGAUGUGUGUGUCUAUUAUGACAGUAUAUUGGCACAGUGGAAUGAAGGUGACCACCCAGAUCCUAUAACAUGUGCUUCUUUCACGACUAAUACAAGACCAUUUAAACUGCAAUGUGCAGCAUUCUUUAACUUUUCCAACAAGGGAGUGGAUUAUGAAACCUUCAAGGCGAUUAAUGACGCGUGCCUUGUUUAUGAUGGAAGACUUGUGAUUGAUGCCAACUUCCAUACUAAUGACGUUACUAUCAGAGCGGCAGGACCUUUAACCAAGUUCUCCAAUAUAUAUUAUGCAAAUGAAUGGACACACAGCAAUUUCAGUUCGAAAGAGAUCGGUUUCCAGCUUGCUGCAGCUAUGCUGAAUCUCUUUGAUCCAACUCUUGAGCCAGUUUCUGAGCCACCAGAAGAUCUGGAUAGACUCAUCCCUAUGUACAAGGGAUGUAAAAUUCAAGGAGGUGUUCUACCCGGAGGUUAUAAUUACUUGCAUAUUUCCAAACCAGGAAUCCCUACACGCUUGGAUGUACAAAUUACACAACCUAAUUAUGGGAUGGAAAUCAUAACAGGGGAUGCAACAAAGGGGAAUUACUUCAGGAUACAUGUCAACCAAUACUGUAUGGUAGAAACCAUUACCUGCCUUUCAAAGGAGCCCUUCCCUGUCUCCAACUACAUUUGUUUGUUUGGCCAGCAUGAGCGGGUCCUUAACAAUCUUUGUUCUCGCUGGAAGGAGGGAUUGAUCAAAGAUCUUUAUAGCUAUUUCAGGGAACCUUGGUCCAUGGCCAUCUAUCACGAUCGGUUUAUUGAUCUUAAGAAAGAACUGCGUCAAAUCCUAAUAUCCAGCCAGGUGGAUGGCCUUCCAUCAUUGGAACAGUCAGUUCACCAGAUAGUGGAUGGCGAACUCAUUCUUUCUGAGAAACCAAAGAAAUACCUGAAAAGGUUCUUUCAGCAAAAUAUCUACAAGAGACGGGUGGAGGAAAGCAUCCUCAGUUAUCUGAGCUACAAUAAUUACCAUCUGCCUAUGUAUGCAUGGCCAGGGAUUGUUUAG